UGACGACGGGCCCCAUUACCGAGGCACAUGUCAAGUUGGAACCACCUCAGACCUCGAAUACCUUAUGUUGGAUACCUAAGGUUAUAUUGUAGCUUAGGGAGGAAUGAGCGGCGCCUCUCCGUCAUCACCAAUCCUGCUUCAACAGCAAUUGUAGAACCUCUUUGCCACCCCCUCCCUCCCCCCAACCGCAAUGGUGAGCACCGUCGCGCCGGCCCUGCAGAACCUCCGACGAUAGGACCCGUGCUCGCGCAAGACGACGACGACGACGACACGCCCGCCCUCUGCUGUCCCGCGCUCCCGUCCGCCCGCCCGCCCGCCAUCAUGGCUGCCAUGCUCGAGUUCCGCACGCAGGGUUACAACCCCUACGCGGUCAAGUACUCGCCCUACUACGACUCGCGCAUCGCCGUCGCCACCUCGGCAAACUUUGGCAUCGUCGGCAACGGCCGCGUCUUUGCCCUGGGCCUGACGGCGCAAGGCGUCCAGGUCGAGAAGACCUUCGACACAAACGACGCCCUCUACGACCUCGCCUGGUCCGAAAUCAACGAGAACCAACUCAUCGUCGCGUGCGGCGACGGCUCCCUCAAGCUCUUCGACCUCGCCGUCAACGAUUUCCCCGUCAUGAACUUUCACGAGCACAAGCGCGAGACGUUUUCCGUAUGCUGGAGUCCCAUCACCAAGGACUCGUUUCUCUCGAGCUCCUGGGACGGUACCGUCAAGAUUUGGUCCCCGACCAGGACGCAAUCCCUCCGCACGCUGCCCAUCGGCAACUGCACCUACAGCGCCUCCUUCUGCCCCUCCAACCCGGCCCUCAUCUCCGCCGUCUCCUCCGACUCGCACCUCCGCAUCUUCGACCUGCGCACCCCCUCGUCGGCAAAGUACCACCUCGUCUCCACGAUACCCGUCCACGCCGCCGGCUCCUCCGGCCCCCAGCCCGGCGUCGGCCUCCCCGGCCCGCCGCCCGCCGCCGCCGCGGCGGCGAGCCCCCCCUCCGAGGUCCUCACCCACGACUGGAACAAGUACAACUCGACCGUCGUCGCCACCGGCGGCGUCGACCGCAUCAUCCGCACCUUUGACAUCCGCAGCCCCGCCGCCGGCCCCCUCGCCGUCAUGCAGGGCCACGACUACGCCGUCCGCCGCCUGGCCUGGAGCCCGCACGCGAGCGACGUCCUCAUAAGCGCCAGCUACGACAUGACUGUGCGCCUGUGGAACGACGCCGGCGCGUCCGCCGCCGCCGCCGCCGCUCCCCAGCAACAGCGUCCGCCGCAGGGCCCCUCCAGCGCCAUACCCGGUGCCGCGGGCACGAGGGCCGGCCACCAGAUGGGCAUCAUGAACCGCCACACCGAGUUCGUGACGGGAGUGGACUGGUGUCUGUUUGGUGUCGGCGGAUGGGUCGCGUCGGUGGGCUGGGACGAGAGAGUGCUACUAUGGGACGCCAAUAUGCUCAUGGGCCAUCGGUGA